UUUGGGGGUCUUAGGAGUUACCACCUAGGAUUCCUUCCGUCAUUUUGACCAGUAUGUACUUCCUUCUUGUCACUCUGGCUCAGGUCACGCUCUAGAGGAUUUUCCUUUCUGAACAACAGCAGCAAAGCAAGCCACACCAUGGGUGAGAUCAACAAAAAUGCUGUGGAAAAAUACCUCGAGGAGAACCCUGCGUUUGCCAAGGAAUACUUCGACAGAAAGCUGCGGGUGGAGGUCCUGGGAGAGAUCUUCAAGAACAGCCGGGUGCCGGUCCAGGCCAGCAUGUCGCUGCCCGAGCUGACGCAGGUGGAGGAGUCCGCUGUGUGCCUGGAGCUGCUGUGGUCCGUGCAGGAGGAGGGGAGCAGUGCCGAGCUGACGGCACACAAGGUCCUGCAGAGGAUGGCCCAGCUGCUGCAGGCCGACCGCUGCAGUAUGUUCAUAUGCCGUUCCCGCAAUGGCACGCCGGAGAUGGCCUCAAAGCUGCUGGACAUCACCCCGACCUCCAAGUUUGAGGACAACUUGGUGGUCCCUGAUAAAGAAGUUGUGUUUCCCCUGGAUGUCGGGAUUGUGGGUUGGGUUGCUCACACGAAGAAACCCCUUAAUGUCCCAGAUGUGAAAAAGAACAACCAUUUUUCUGACGUCAUGGACAAACAAACCGGCUAUGUCACUAAGAACCUGUUGGCAGCCCCCGUCGUGAUGGGCAAAGAGGUUCUUGCAGUACUGGCGGCAGUGAACAAAGUAAAUGCAUCUGAGUUUUCCAAACAGGAUGAAGAGGUCUUUACCAAAUACCUCAACUUUGUCUCUGUCAUCCUAAAACUUCAUCAUACCAACUACCUAUACAAUAUUGAAUCCCGAAGAAGCCAGAUUCUUAUGUGGUCAGCCAACAAAGUAUUUGAAGAGCUCACAGAUGUUGAGCGACAGUUUCACAAAGCGCUGUACACAAUCAGAACUUACCUGAACUGUGAACGAUACUCCAUUGGACUGCUGGACAUGACCAAAGAGAAGGAAUUCUACGAUGAAUGGCCAAUCAAGCUUGGAGAAGUUGAGCCUUAUAAAGGUCCAAAAACUCCAGAUGGAAGGGAAGUCAUCUUUUAUAAAGUAAUAGAUUACAUUUUACAUGGGAAGGAAGAAAUCAAAGUGAUUCCGACACCUCCUGCCGACCACUGGACAUUCGUCAGUGGGUUGCCAACCUAUGUUGCUGAAAAUGGAUUUAUUUGCAACAUGCUCAACGCCCCUGCAGACGAGUACUUCACAUUUCAGAAAGGACCUGUAGAUGAAACUGGUUGGGUCAUUAAGCAUGUCUUGUCCCUGCCUAUUGUCAACAAAAAAGAAGAUAUUGUGGGAGUAGCUACAUUUUACAACAGGAAGGAUGGAAAGCCUUUUGAUGAACAUGACGAACACAUUACUGAAACUCUCACACAAUUCCUUGGAUGGUCUCUUUUAAAUACUGACACCUAUGAGAAGAUGAAUAAGCUAGAAAAUAGAAAGGACAUUGCUCAGGAAAUGCUCAUGAACCAUACCAAAGCCACUCCUGAUGAAAUUAAGUCUAUUUUGAAAUUUAAAGAGAAGUUAAAUAUAGAUUCAAUUGAAGACUGUGAAGAAAAACAGCUUGUCAAAAUUUUGAAAGAGGACUUGCCGGACCCACAGGCGGUAGAACUGUAUGAAUUCCGCUUCAGCGACUUCCCCAUUACAGAGCACGAAUUGAUUAAAUGUGGACUCCGAAUGUUUUUUGAAAUAAAUGUGGUGGAGAAAUUCAAAGUACCUGUAGAGGUUCUUACCAGAUGGAUGUACACGGUGAGGAAAGGGUACCGCGCUGUCACUUACCACAACUGGCGGCACGGGUUCAACGUGGGACAGACCAUGUUUACUCUGCUGAUGACAGGAAGACUAAAAAAAUACUACACAGAUCUGGAAGCUUUUGCCAUGCUUGCUGCUGCCUUCUGCCAUGACAUUGAUCACAGAGGCACCAAUAAUUUGUACCAGAUGAAGUCCACAUCUCCACUGGCGAGGCUUCAUGGGUCAUCUAUUUUGGAGAGGCACCAUCUGGAGUACAGUAAGACCCUCUUGAAUGAUGAGAGUUUAAACAUCUUCCAGAACCUAAACAAGCGUCAGUAUGAAACAGUUAUUCAUUUGUUUGAGGUUGCAAUAAUAGCAACUGACCUGGCUUUGUAUUUCAAGAAGAGAACCAUGUUUCAAAAGAUUGUGGAUGCCUGUGAGCAAAUGCAAACUGAGGAGGAGGCCAUCAAGUAUGUAACCAUUGACCCAACCAAGAAGGAGAUCAUUAUGGCAAUGAUGAUGACAGCAUGUGACCUGUCGGCUAUCACCAAGCCCUGGGAGGUGCAAAGCCAGGUAGCACUUCUGGUUGCAAAUGAAUUUUGGGAACAAGGAGAUCUGGAGAGAACAGUGCUGCAGCAACAACCUAUUCCUAUGAUGGACAGAAACAAAAAAGAUGAACUACCUAAACUUCAAGUUGGAUUUAUUGAUUUUGUUUGUACUUUUGUAUAUAAGGAGUUCUCACGGUUUCACAAAGAAAUCACACCCAUGCUGAACGGCCUUCAGAACAACAGAGUGGAAUGGAAAUCUCUUGCUGACGAGUAUGAUGCAAAGAUGAAGGAAAUUGAAGAGGAGAUGAAAAAGCAGGAAGAAGUGGUAGUAGCACAAGUUGCUGAGGAUUCAGGCGGUGGUGGUGUUGAUGACAAAAAGUCCAAAACAUGCUUAAUGUUGUAA